CAACCGCAAAAACAGGCGCAAUUUAUAAUUCGUCUGCUAGUUGUUUUUGUUUAUGUAGCAGGGACUUCAGUUUUUAAAUUUAUUUAAAAUGAUUUGAAAUGAAAACCAUAGAUAGAAAAAACUUAUUUCAAUGGAAAUGAAGUUUUUUUUAAAUCAUUAUUCCGAUUUAUAGAGGGCAUUUCUUAGGAUAUUUUUAAGGAAUAAAUAUUUAAUAACUGUUAAGGUUAAUUUUUAAUAAACUUACCUUAAAAUGGCAUUCGGACUUAUGCAUUUAAUUUCUUCUGCAUCCUAUAAAAAAGUAUUCAUUUCUGAUGUUCAUAACCUAGUCACAGAUGCUUCACCUUUAUUGGAUACUUCUAAAGUUUUGAUGAAAGCUCAGGUUUUGGGUAUUAUUACAGGAAUAAUAAGGCAUCAACAAAGAUCAGUGUUUUCUGUUGAUGAUGGAACUGGAGUUUUAGAUUGUCUACUUUGGCACAAAGAAUUACCUGUUUUAGAAAAAGUCAAAGAAUUGAAAAAAGAUUUAGAAUUUGGAAAUUUGUCUAGUGAUUUGAAGAAGUGUGCAUUGUCCAUGUUAAAGAAAGCUGAUAAAUCUAAAUUAGAGGAAGCUGAUAAGUAUGAUCAUGGAGAUUUAAUAUCUUGUUUAGGCAGUGUCAAAAUGUAUAAAGGAAAACUGCAACUGGAAAUUCAUCACCAUUACAUGGCACCAAAUGUAGACAGUGAAUCACUUUGGAUAUUGGAUGUUGUUGCAACUAAGCAAGAAAUAAAAUAGGCAUCUGAAAUCAAAUGAAAGUUUUAUGCCAGAUUACAAUUUGUUUUACUUAUGUUUUUAUUUUUUUUAUUUAUUUAUUUAUUUUAUUUUUUUGAAAGAGGAGUAACUAAUGUAUGAUCAACUUUUAAAUUAUGGUUUUCAAAUGAUAUGUAAAUGUAAAUAUUAUGUUUUGUGGAAGUGUUGUAAGAAUAAAAAUGGAAAAUUU